UACAUCGUGAUUCAUACUUAAGUGUGAGUGGAGAUAAUUUGACACACAACUGACUUUUUUCUAAAACGCCGGUAUUAUUUUCAAUUGAUUUCACCACGUUGAAAUGUCUUGUACAUACCGCAUAUAAUGUUGAAGACUAGCCAAUCAAAUACACUGACUUGAAUGACAUUGGAAAGUGAUUCGACUUCAGUGUCACAUACUGAAAGUUGAUAAUUGCCGUACCUGGCAGGUGAAUUUGCCUUAAUUAACCAAGGACAGGCAUACCCCAGCGGGUGGGUAGGUGAUUUUGAAAAGAGCGUGAUUGUGUUGGCGCACCUGAGUUUAUUAUAGCUCUAGCCCCGCCCUACGGUGAUCGACAUACGUAACUUCCGUCUUACCUCAGGUCGGCCAUAUUCUUGAAGCGAGGAUAGGUGACGACAAUAUCUACGACAACAGAACGGGAUCGAGGAGACACAGACAAAUAUCGGAGUUUAGGUUCACAAAAGACUGUCAGAAAUGCCUAUAUUUGGUAAGAAAAACAAAAGUAAGGAGAAUUUGACACAAAAUCAACAAUCUCCGACCGAUGAACCGCCCCGCCCUGCGGGUAGUCCCGAAACAAAUGGAGGAGGUAAAGUGGCGAAGGACAACUCCCCUGCACAACCUCAACCUAGGCCCAAACUCGUGUUUCACUGUCAGCUAGCGCAGGGAUCGCCUACUGGAAUCAUACAGGGAUUUACCAAUGUGAAAGAACUGUACGGGAAGAUAGCAGAAUGUUAUGAGAUGCCGGUGUCGGAAAUUUUAUUCUGCACAUUAAAUACACACAAGAUAGAUAUGACUAAGUUAUUAGGAGGGCAAAUAGGCCUAGACGACUUCAUAUUUGCCCACAUAAAAGGUCGGCCAAAGGAAGUGGAUGUCACGAAAUCUGAGGAUGCCCUUGGACUGACUAUAACAGAUAACGGUGCUGGCUAUGCCUUCAUUAAGAGGAUCAAGGAAGGGAGCAUCAUGGAUAGUGUACCGCUGAUCGCUGUAGGAGAUCAUAUCGAGAAGCUUGAUGGCAAAAGUCUUGUGGGAUGCCGACAUUACGAAGUCGCGAAGAUGCUCAAGGAGAUCCCAAAAGGAACGACGUUCACGCUGAGGGUGGUGCAGCCAGAGAUGUCAGGCUUCUCCCAUAUAGGAGCUUCAUCAGGAGGCAAGAAGAAGGCCGAUUUUGGCUCAGGGAAGCAAACUCUGAGACUCCGUGCCAAUGGGCCUGCAACUGUGGAGGAGGAUGAUGAUGUGGGCAGCGUUGCCGUGGACAAGAUCAACAAUCUUCUAGAGUCGUACAUGGGCAUCAACGACACUGAUCUUUCUCAGAGCGUAUGGGAUAUGGGUAAAGCCUGCGACAACCCCAGCACCUUCGCCAUGAACGUAGACGAAUCGGAGUUUAAAGAGUUUGGAUUUACUGAUGAUUUCAUCUUCGACCUGUGGGGAGCUAUAUCAGAUGCUAAGCAAGGACGUCUGAAGUCAGCGGCGAAAGAAUUUAAUGAACAGUUUUAAAUCACCACCCACCACAGAGCGCAUUAGGAUUAUAAUGCUCUUUUAUAUCUAGCAUUUGCUAUACCUGUGGUGAUGCAGCCGUCGGGCAACAAUAUAUUCUUUGCGUCCACAAAGGCGUUGUCAGUCACAUUCACACGAAUGUACAAUAUAUCGAGGAUUUGUUAGCAUAUUAGGGUUUUCCAUCAUUUGUCUCACUUACAGUCCCAAACACAAUGAUUAACCCUGGGUAUUGAAAAUCUGAAAUGUGUCACAUCUGAAUCGUGUCACAAAAUGUUGCUAAACACAAGGCUGUAUUGUGAUACGUAUCAUGAUAUCUUUGAUAAAUUCCAAUUUAUAUGUCAGAAAAUUAUGUUUAUCAGGAAAUAAGAGGAAACAAAUUUUUCCUUCAGUUUAAGGUGUAAGUGCUUCCACAUGUUAACAGUUUUCAACGUGGAAAGAACCCAGUGGGAUUGCUGAACAUGGUUGGUAGAAAUGUACAGAAUUAUGAGAAUGAAUCCAAGGGAGGUCACUCUAAACAAACUACGAUCUCCUCAAGAAGCAAAUUACUUUGGAAUCACAUCAACAUUUCAGAGGUAUUUGCAAAGUUCAUUUAAUGAUAAAUUAGUAAAUCUGACACAUGCCACCAAUUGCCGACAUUGAAACAUAUCGUGAUACGUAUCCAAAAAGAGAUUUACUGGUUAAACAGUCAUACUGCCCCACCCUUUUUGAUAAACAUCAAGUAUAUAUUUUCUAUGGAAGCCCCAUAGGUAACAACUGCAUAUGUUAAAUGUGCAUAUAUUUAUGUGACCUGCAAGGUGCCUGUAUGAUAUUCCCUACCAGCUUCAUCUCUAACAUAAUAACUGCACCCCGAGACCCGAGGCAAACUGACCUUGACACAAUGCAGCCAUUGACCUGCCAAGGAGGAUAACCCUUCCUGGCUAUUUAUUACAAAGUGUAUAUAAUCUGUAUGAUCCAAUGCUUGUUAAGUUGAAGUAUUCUUUACGACGUCUGUCCCUGGUUGGCUAAUGUUAGACAUAAUGGGGAGGUCUUCUCGUGUAUUCUAAUUCAAGAAUCAUUUUAGUACAAUGGAGUACCACAAGCGGCAAAUAAGAUCAUGCUUGCAGGAAUAAAUGGUUCAUUAUGAUUGUCUUUCAAAAUAGCGGAAAGUAUCGCAUUGUUUCAUGGGUGGUGUUGGUCUGUUGUGGACCUAACAUGGGCAGAUUUAUUCAGUUUUGUCCUGAAAUAUUGGGUCAUUCAGCUUGACAAGAUGGCAGCUAGCACUCUUUCUAGAGUUCUAUCCCUUUGCCAUGCAGGAUGCUGUGGUGUGUUUUCAUCUCCCAGUUUUAUCCGUGUUAACCAUGUUACCAUGACAACCAGAAAACCAAAGUUGCUGAUAUGGCAUUUGACAAUAUUCCGUCAGACUGUAGUGAGUAUGUAAUGUUAGUUCUAUCAAGACGUCCAUGAGACAAUGUUUCAGACUAGCUGGAGAGUAUUGUAUAUAGACAUCCGAUCGCCCCUGACGACGACGACGCACGCUACCAUGCCUAGCAUUGUUUGUGUAUAUAUGGUCUCUACGCUAGCUGCAUCUAUACAGAUCACAACCCCAAGUGCACUUUGAGUCAUGCUCAUUGAACAAAUAAACUACACUUGUUGACUAUUUAUUUGAUUUUAAAAAUCCUAAUGUGUAUUUUCAUACAGUGUUAUAUUCAUAUAGUACCUUUUCAAAUUCUUUUACUUCUUUUCAGGCAAUAAUAGUGAUGCAAUUACAAUUUUGUGCCUGCCUUAAAAUGGCAUUUUUGAGAAAUGUCAUUUCAAAUCAUUCGUUAAAAUCGUGUAAUUCCAGCCAGUAUGAGUUGUUUCCAUUACCACGUUCAGUUGUUCUGUUUCCAGCAUCAAUCAGUGGAUUCCAUAUAAAAGUGCCAGUUGAUGAAUAAUGGUCACUCAAUUUGGUCCGAGUUCCAGGCACCAUCGACAUCAUUCCGAACAUUUUAUCUUGAAUACUGUUCUGCCAAAGUUAGGAACCAAUGUACACAAUAAAUGUCGAGUCAUCGAAAUAUGUUAUUACACAAAUAUGUAAUCCAUGUAAUAUAUAUUUUAUGUAUGUUUAACCAUUUUUGCACUUUUUGUGGUAACGGUUGCCAUGGAACUGGUGAAGGGAGCAGGUUUCACUUUCGUCAGUUUGUCCAUGGUAACAAAUAGUCUAUCUAAAAUAAUACCCUGAUUCACAUUGCUGAUACGGGUUCGUAUACACUAUGUUCCUCCAUCGACCUUGAACACUGAACAGUACCGUGGAGAAGUUGCUGUAUUUAGCCAACAAAUCCGUGAGAGGCAUCCCGGUCGUUCUGCUUGGCAGGGAUCUUGUCAUGUCUU